AGGCCCAACAAAGGCCCAGCUCACACAACACCGAUAUAAUGGAAGCUGCCUUGGUAGUCUGUCUCAUGUCGCAACUGCCGUCGUAGUCUUUCUCGUCUCUUUUGACCUAAAUCAUGGACUAGAUCUAGCUCAAAGAGAUACUCCGCACCAUCCUCUCACAUCCUUUGCUAACCGGUCCAACACAUCUGAAUCCAGAACCCUAACAUCAAUAUCAUCAAUCGGCUGUUCUCUCAAACUCUCAUUCACAUUGGGAAAUAUGAGACUAUUUCAAGAGAUUGCCUUAAUUGUUACACAAUUCCACAACAAUUUAGUGACAGAACAAGACCUUGUGAGUCACUUUCGAAGACUUGGUCCGAAUGAGUGUAACAAAUGGACGAUCCUUAAUGCUGCCAGGAGGACAGAGUUUCUUUUUACUUGGAGAGAAAAGAACGCAGACACUGUUCCCGAACCUCUUAUCCAAGAAGAUGAUUUAGAUACAUGUUGGGCUAUAGCCUUAUUCAGAGGUCAAUCUGCAUUGGUUACGUUAAAAGAAUCUGAUAGAGCACGUUUGACUCUCGAAAUGCUCCUAGAUGGUGUGGAUUCUCAAUACCAAUCUGAAUCUCAUGGUGUUGAUUGUCUAGAAGACUUGAUUCCUUUCAUGGAAGAAAACUUUGUGAGGAGAAUGAUAGUACACCACAGGCCAAGGGGCUUUGAUCAAGUCGAGCAAGAUGAGUUUGAGAGGCUGAUUGAGAAUCUACUAGUGAAGGGGCCUGUUGUUGUAGCCUUCGACGUCUUUCCUAGCUACGAGGAAAAAUUUGUGGCGGCCUCGGGACAAGGUAUCUUCAGUCCAACAGAUGACGAGUGUCAGAUGCGUCUCUACGAACGAUUUAUUAGGCACUGUGUGGUUCUAUACGGGAAAGGUGUAGAAGUGGAUGGCUCAAGGAUCAAAGAAUUCUGGGAGGCACUUGAAAGCCGUGGGGAUACAUUUGGGGACGAGGGUUUCGUUCGCUUGGCUCGGGGAAAAUGUUUACUCCGAGAAGUUGUGGAGUUGAAGGUGUGAUCAAGAAGAUCUAAUCAUUCGCAUCAUUCUCUAUCCAAGAUUUCAUUAUCUAUCCAAGACUAAUUAUUAUCUAUCGUUUCUUUAUGUUGACGUUGUAUCUGUCACUUAUUCUCUAUGUUGACUUUCUUAAUAUCUGUCUGUCACUUCUUCUAUGUUGACUUCUUAGGAAGCAAUUAUUCUCUUACUAUGUAGUAUUGGUCACAACAAUUUGCAAGUUUUUUUUCCUUUUUACA